AUGUGGGCAGAUGGCGGGAGCACGAUGUAUAGUGUAGCUCAGGAGUGGCGAGACAACGCAUCGACACCUGCGAGGAUACAGUUGCAGAUUGCUAACAAUGGCGCAGGCGCUCUUUUUGGGACUGCAACGAAUCAUCCAUUCGGUAUCAUGGUUGAAAACUCAUCUGCUCUGUACAUAAACGCAAGCAAGUACGUUGGCAUUGGUACAACAAACCCUUUCGUACCUCUACACGUUUCGACCGCAAUAUCAUAUACGUUCGGAGCAGGAGGAACCACUGUCCAUAGAUUAAGAACAGACGGCGGUACUACUGAAUCAGCGCUUUGUCCUAUAAGCUAUAACGUGAGCGCCCUGUUUGGCGGAUACAUCGGUUGUAGCGCCUUAGCGAUGACAAGUGAUCGAAGACUGAAGAGGAAUACCCAAUCUUGUCCAAUUUACCGUGUAAAGCGGUUCUACGAUAGCUGUGAGGGCAAGCUAUAUGACUGGAUCGAGUCGGAAAACAAGCCUGGACAAGAAAUCGAUCUCAUAGCUCAGGAUUUGGUUUCAGCCCAGCUAGCUGAUUUGAUAUCGAUCUAUUACAGAGAUCAUAUCGAAGGGGGAGAAGACCCAAGCCUUAAACCAGCUAAGCAACAGCUCAACGUUGAUUAUAGUCGGAUAUCGGCUUAUAACAUGAAAAUGAUUAAUACCUCUUGA